AUGGAAGUGGACGACUUUAUCAUUGUUUCUAGCGAGGAAGACCUCACCGACUUAGACUAUCGGAACAUGGCUGACAAUAUUUUAACGGACAUUGACAUGCUUAUAGAAGAGCUCCGCGAAACUCUGUGGCCGCUGAACCGAUUUAUUCACAAGAACCCCGAGCUUGCUUUUAAGGAGUACAAGGCACAUGACUCUUUGACGGAGUUUAUGCGAAAACAAGAAGGAUGGAAAGUCACAUCUUCAGCAUAUGGAAUGGAAACAGCUUGGGUGGCAACAUACGAUAGUGGCCAGGCCGGACCAGUCGUUUCCUUUAACGCAGAGAUGGAUGCGCUUCCUAAUCUUGGUCACGCAUGCGGUCAUAACCUCAUUGCGAUAGCUUCAGUUGCUGCUAGCCUGGCAACAGCUAGAGUGAUGAAACGCCGUAAUCUCACCGGAAAAGUUAUCGUCUUUGGCACACCGGGAGAGGAAGGUACCGGAGGUGGGAAAAUUCGGCUCCUUGAGGCUGGUGCUUUCGAAGGUGUAGACAUCUCAUUGAUUUCGCAUCCCGGGAUCUUCAACAACAGUCCUUUUGUGAGGACAACAGCAUUCGUCCGUCUGGAAGUUGAGUACCACGGACGUGCUGCGCAUGCUGCAAAUAGCCCGUGGCUCGGCAUCAACGCACUCGAUGCUCUUGUCAUAUGUUACAAUGCGAUUUCAGCCCUGCGCCAGCAGACAAUGCCCAGCGAUGUGAUUGGAAUGAACAUCACCAACGGAGGAGCAGCCCCCAACAUCAUACAUGCAUUUGCUGCUGGGGCUAUCGUUAUACGAGCAGCAAGUACUCAUCGACUCCAAGAACUGCAAGAAAAAGUUCUAUCGUGUGUUCAAGCAGGAGCUGUAGCUACAGGUGCCGAAGAGAAGGUCAAAGUUAUAAAGGGUUAUGCUGAUCACGUGCCAAAUCGUGUUCUAGCCCGAUCAUAUACAAAGUACUGGAAGCUUAUGCCGGGUGUACCAGACCCCCCUAUUCCGCCUGAAGGUCAGGUAACUUGGGUCAAAGCAAGUACAGACCAGGGGAAUAUCAGCUACGCUCUGCCCAGUGUAAACGCGAGUUUUGCUAUACCUCCAGGCCCGAACAGAGGACCGCCGCAUAGCCCGGAAUUCGAGAAAAUAUCGGGUACCAAGGAUGCUUUUGAAAGGUCACUGAGAGUGGCGAAGGCUCUUGCAGGAACAGCUGUAGAUGUGAUCAGUGAGCCCAGGCUUCUUGACGAGGUAAAGCGCCAGUGGAAACGGGAUAUGAAUGACAUCAGUUGA